AUGUUGGUCAACACUAUCAUCGCCUCCUUUCUGGGCGUUUCAAGCAUAGUUGCAGCCCAUCCCCACACCGCUCCCGACGAGGCCACAGUUGCGAAGCACCACCAUGUUGCCCACAAAUGCGGCUCCAAGGUAGCUGGGAUGAAGAAGGCCCGUCGAGCCCUCCGCCGUCGAGAACUGUCUGUUGAUCCCAGCUCGGAAGAGACAACCUACGAGAUCCACGCCCAGGCACCCAAGAAGGACUUCAUCUCCAACUGGACCAACAUCCUCACCCCGGAGACCAGCAACGGACCAUACUUCUACCCUCGAAGCCAGACUCUUCGACAAGAUGUCCGCGAAGGCCAGCCCGGCGUCCCACUAUCUCUCGAGAUCGGUGUCAUCGACAUUGAUACAUGCGAGGCAGUAGAAGACGUCUUGGUCGAUAUCUGGCACUGCAACGCCACCGGAUCCUACAGCUCCUUCACGGGUCUUUCCCCCAACACUCCCUUCCUCGAAAUGUACAAAGAGAACUCCGACGAAAACCAGGACCUCGACCUCCACGCCGGCCUCCCAGACCUAUCACGCCUAUCCACCGACAACGAAACCUGGCUGCGCGGAAUGUGGCCCACAGACAAACACGGCGUAACAUCCUUCACAACCAUCUUCCCCGGCUUCUACGUCCAACGAGCAAUCCACAUCCACGUCCAGAUCCACACGAACUGGACCGUGCGAUCGAACGGGACGCUCGUCAAUGGCCCCAUCGUGAGCACCGGGCAGAUCUUUGUUGCCGAGGCUUUGCAGAAGGAGAUUAUGGCUUUGGAGCCGUAUGCUAGCCAUACGCAGAUUGAGCGGGUGAAGAAUGUCGAUGAUGGGAUUUAUGCGAAUGAGUCGGCUACUGGGGCUAUGACGGUUCUUGACACGGAGCCUUUGGAUGGGGAGGAUUAUGCUAAUGGUGUUAUUGGGUAUAUUACUUUGGGUAUUCAACGAUCGGAGAUUCGGGAUGGAUCUACUGUUGAUGCUCUUCCUGGGGUUGAUGCAUGA